AUGUCAAAUAUACAACCGACAAAGGGCUCGAGUAGCUCGGGUAAAGAGGCGCCGGGCCUUCGGUAUCCGACAAGCGGCAAGACCAUCUACCACCGGCCACUAAACCGGACCAAGACGGCCGAGCUCAGCGGCGCCGCAUUCGCGUACCUGUUCUCGGAGAUGGUGAGCUAUGCGUCGAACAAGAUCGCCAGCAUCCAAGACCUGGAGAAACGCCUCAACACAGCCGGCCAUCCCCUGGGCCUCAAACUCCUCGACCUGCUCCUGUACCGCGAGCCGACGCGAACGCAGACCCGGCCUUUGACCAUCAUCCAGCUGCUGCACUUCAUCAAGCUGAACCUGUGGCAGCACCUGUUCGGGCGGGCGGCGGACGGGCUCGAGAAAUCCUCGGACCCAUCCAAGCCCGACGAGUACAUGAUCAUCGACAACGAGCCCCUCGUCAACAAGUAUAUCAGCGUCCCCAAGAACAUGGACCAGCUCAACUGCGCCGCCUACGUUGCAGGCGUCAUCGAGGGCGUCUGCGACGGCAGCGGGUUCCCCGCCCGGGUGUCGGCGCACACGGUCAGGCAGCCCGGCGAGGAGGAGGGGAGGGAGAUGUGGCCUGGCAGGACGGUCUUCUUGGUCAAGUUCUCGCCCGAGGUUAUGGAGAGGGAGGGCUUCUUGGGCAAGGGCUGA